AUGUCUUCAACAGUUAUCAAGUGCCCUACUUGUGCAAAUAAAGUAUUAAAAAAGUCAUCUCUUGCAUGCGUCGAGUGCAAAAAUUAUUUCCACCUUCAAUGUGCUGGUCAUAAUGAGAGUCAAUUAUCCUCUCUGACAACUCAAUUCAAAUCAACUUGGAGAUGUCCUAUUUGUGUCAAUCAACGUAAAAAAGGUGGUAAUAGUGCAAAUGUACUUGUUCGAGGCCUAUCGCAAACUUCGCCCAGCAGUUGCACGGAAACAAGUACAGUAAAUGCUAGUCCGCAAGCUACAUGUUCGAAGUGUUUGAAUACAACAAAAUUGGAUGAAAUAACUUUAGCAUCGAUCAAAAACGAAAUAAAUAAAUCUGUCACUGAGGCAAUUCACGCUGUUCAUAACGUUCUUGAAGCUAAAUUUACUGAUCUAAUUAAUAAAGUAAGUGAUUUGACUUCAACUGUUGAGUUUUUUUCAAAUAAGUACGACGAACUGAAGAGCCGGCUGGAUUCACGGGAUAAGGAAGUCGUUGAACUGUUGACACAAAAUAGAGUUCUUGAAGAAACUGUGAAGGAUCUUGGAUUUCGAUUGUCUAGCUUAGAACAGCACUCACGCGAGUGUAAUGUCGAAAUAAAUGGCUUGCCUGAGUUUAAAUCGGAAAAUUUGGUCCAAACUGUUUUACAGAUUGGUAAAACUGUUUCUCACACCAUCAAUGAUACAGAUGUUAUGUCUUGUUUUCGAGUUGCCAAGAAAGACAAUAAUAAUAAGCGCCCCCGAGCGGCUAUCGUUAAAUUCCGAAGUCCUAGAAAUCGCGAUGCUUUUUUAACGGCAUAUUAUAAGUACAACAGAGAAAAUCGAUUGGACAAACUCUCAACCCAGGCAAUUGGAAUUGGUGGCGAUAGAGCACCCAUCUAUUUGUCGGAACAUCUGUCACCUCCAAAUAAAAUGCUACAUGCCGCAACCAGAAAAAAAGCUAAGGAAAUUUCAUAUAAUUUUGUAUGGGUCCGCAACGGUAAGAUCUAUGUUAGAAAGGAUGAGAAAUCAUCAGCUAAAGUGAUUAAUAACAUGACCGAUUUAGAUAAACUUAAG